GGCUUUUGAUACAGGGACCACGACCGCGACACGGGCUAUUUUCUUAGUUUGUUGACGUAUGCUAUUCUAUCUCACUUGAUGACGAAUAAAGCGAACAAAGCGUCGACAUUGAUAGAAGCACGAAAAGAAGUAGAAGAAGAGGUGCGUAGUUAUUCCUGCAUAGAUUUAGAGUUAGAUGUAAAGAAAAAGAACACGACUAUUAAAGACUCAUUGACAGUCUCCGACAGUCCUGCUAUAGUACUUUCAUCAAGCGAGGAGCAAAAAGCGGAAAAAAGUGGCAAGAGCCACUUCUACACGAAACUUGUGCGCACCCGAUCAAACCAGCGCGAGGUGCUGGUCAGCAAUUUUCUAUUACCUGGUGCCCAAGCAGCUUCUACUUCCCCCUGCUUCCCGCGAGAACUCCGGAGCGCAGGAGAGCGUCAAGCAGCUUUGAAUGUUAAAUACCCCGACUUUGCUGGUGUUGCGGAAGAGCAGGAGAUAAGUUGCAGGCCAGGAGAUUAUAAAACAUCGGGAUCAUCAUACUCCUCUUCGUCCGACCGUGGGUCGUUUGGCGGGCGUCCAGACUCGGCGCAGGCAUGCAGACGUCGAGGCCUUUGUAGGAAAAACAUCAGCGAACAAGAAGUAGAUCAACAGGAAGAGCAGGUGUCUUUUAGUGGUUCAGAAACGACUUGUUCCAAAGCACAACGUGAAGAAGAAUUAUUAUCCACCGCCACGACACCAACCACAAUGGUGUACUUCAUUUGCCAGGGGUGCCAGGAGACGCUGAAGAAGCCGGCGGUCAAGAAGCACCUGCAGACGCGAUGCUGGGGCGCGAGUAUGACUUGCGUGGACUGCUUCGUCUGUUUCACGGGCGACAGCUGGGAGAAGCACACCAGCUGCAUCUCGGAAGAGAAAAAGUUUCACGGCGCGCUCUACUGCGAAAAGGCGGACAAACUACCCAAGGGACAGCAGAAACAGGAGGGGUGGACGGCGAACUUGCAGAAAGCACUGGAAUUCAGCAGGGGUGGCAGGGUCGAAAAGUGGAUGGAGAAAAUUGUACUUCUACACGAGCUUUCUAUUCAUCUUGCCUACUUUCUGUUUGAUGCGAAAAGUUGGUCGUAGUGUUCAUGAUUUUCGUAUUGUAGUUUUCUGGAACUACGCGGCAGACAGACGAGCUACACUAGUAGUUUGGCGCAGCGGGGCGGGGGCCGGGGGCAGCCACCUGCUCCUGCUUUUUACGUUUCAUUCAUCGACCACGCUGCGCCGAGCCCUAUGUGUUGCCGGACUUUAUAGUUUCAGCAGUGAAAUAGUAAUAGAAAUUGAAAAACAUUGCGCCGACAAUAGCUAGAAGUUUGCUAAUUUACUUUGACCUCUAUUGUGUUUACGCCCCAAGAAGAGGAAGAGCGUACUCUGUCGAAAAACCGAAUUUAUAUCCAUUAUGCCAAAAACUUCUACUCUACUGCAGGUUACUUACGACAACGUGCCGCGAAAACGACCCGGCUUUGCCAAUUUCGUGAAGAAUUCUUGUAGAAUACAAGACGAUAAGCUGAUUUCCGAGAUGUGGGCGCUGAUUGAAAAAGCCAACGCCAAGGAGCCGAAGUCUGCAGAUGGUACUACAACUUCGAAGGACGGCGCGACAACCGGUUCUGCGGGUGGUGCCAGCAUUUCGAAAAAGCGCGGUCGGUGGCUUGGCUGGGAGAAGGAGAUUGACCUCACGCUUCUCGAGAACGGCGGCGCUAUGGCCUGGAGCGACCUCGCCGAACAGCUGGCGCAGCGCUACGAAGAGCAGAGCGCGCAGGGCGUCGUGAAAAAAAGAAAGCGCUGCGUCCUGGCUGACCUCGUGCUCAGCAACGUACCUGAAAAGUACCUGAGCACGGAGUGCACAGAAGUCAGGAAAUGCUAGUGGGACGACGGGGGUUUCUUCAUCUUCUAUGAUAAAAAUUCGCUUCAUCCAAGAAGAGAUGGAAAUGCAGUGCGGUGUUGAUAAUAUAAAAUGCAUAGAGAAUAAAUCAUGAACGCACAGCAUGAACAUAAAGUAGACAUACCGUAAGCCGUUCAACAAGCAGUUUCCAUGAACGUCGCUCCGAGCGGUGUCAGGAAGGCUAAACGU